GAUGAUUACCGUCCUGUACAUAUGAUUCUUUGAUUCUCAUGACUUCCCUAGGCUAUGAUGUAAAUUCGGUAUAACAAGCUGCAUAAAAUUGCAUAAAAUAGACUAAUCUCAAUAAUCAAUCAAUCAGAUUAAAUUGUACCUUCGGCUGGACCCGUCGAGGACCGCAGCAUACCGAGGCUCGCCCUGAAAGAUUAGAUUCCGUUUAAGCAGUCGUUGCGAGACAAGCGGCGAUCUCUUCGAUCUCCGCUUCUUGAACUCCUCACUCCUGUUUCUUUUUUAUAUUGCUGGUUUCUCUCAGUGUCUUUGAUUUGUAGUUGAUCCGGAGCCAUUCUUUGUUUUCCAGGCUGAGAGUUGUUCACUUCAAACUUUCUAUACACCAGGACAGACAAAAUUGGUCGGCGCCAUGAGUACUCUCGGUAGCCCUAUCGCUCUUUUGAAGGCAAUGGUGGUGAGGAUCCCUCUUAUCCUCAAGACCUUGUUUCUUCAUACAAUUCGCUUGUCCGCCGUGUCGGGAAAGCAAGACCUGCGCACAGAAUUAACUGUCGCCAUCAUCCGCUCUUUCAUUACCUUCACGACGACACCUGUCGGCAAACAGCAAAAAGGCAGCAUGCGUGACCCGGGCAUCAAGGGUCCUAUGUGGAUUUCGAAAGUGACAUUGCCUCCGCCAGAGAAUGAGGUACAAGAAGCCGUGUUCAAAGCCUUCGAGGAUCUGAAACUGGGCGGCGAGACCUACGAUAUCCCAGGUGUUGUCCCUGUCGAGGCUGAGUGGACCGGUUACCGUAGUGGUGUGAAUAAGAAUGCACCGCAGCCUGAUAUCUCGGAAGAAGACAAGUACAAGGCGCUGCGGAAAGAAGCGCAAUCAGACACGGUCAUCCUGUACUUUCACGGAGGGGCUUACUUUCUAAUGGAUCCUUGCACCCAUCGUAUCCCAGUCGCUCACCUGUCCAAGAGGACCGGUGCGCCCGUUUUGUCGGUGCGAUACCGUCUCGCCCCCCAGCACCCCUUCCCCUCUGCUCUCGUGGAUGCGUUGGUCGCGUAUCUGUCUCUCAUUGCGCCACCCCCCGGCUCUCUCCACGAGCCCGUGCCCGCAAAGAAGAUCAUCUUUUCCGGCGACUCCGCGGGCGGGAAUCUAUGCUUGGUGCUUCUGCAGACUCUUCUGACGCUGCGGCGCGUCUCCCCGACCAUCCGCUUCCACGGCCAGGAGAUCCCGAUUGAGUUGCCAGCCGGAGUAGCCAUGAGCUCGCCCUGGUGUGAUGUGACACGGUCCAUGCCCUCUGUCGUGAACAACGCACUAUACGACUAUCUUGCCCCGCCGUCCCAAGUCCCCGAGACACUCUACCAGCCCCCCAACAUUCCCGCAGACGCCAUCUGGCCCUGCAAGCCGCCGCGAGUCGACAUGUUCUCCAACGCCAACGCCGCCAUCCACCCGCUCGUAUCGCCUCUCGCAGCACGUAAAGAACUCUGGAAAGGCUCGCCCCCGAUCUACAUGAACAUGGGCGAGGAAGGUCUCUCGGACGAAGGACUCCUCCUGGCUCGCAAAAUGUACCAAGUUGGCGUUCCGGUCGUGGUCGAGCAGUUCGAAGGCAUGCCGCAUUGUUUCGGUCUUCUCAUGGUGAAGACACCGGCCGGGAAGCGUUUUUUCGAUGGCAUGGCUCAGUUCUGCGAUGACGCGGUUGCGGGUCGCGUUAAGCCCUCCAGCAGUUUGACGUACAUUGGGUAUAAGUUACGCUCGACUCGGGAGAUCCCGUUGGAUAAGGCUGUUUCCUUGACGGACGAGGAGGUGGAUGAGCGAUUGCGCAAGACUGCUGAAUGGAGGAUUGAGGGUGAAAAAGAACUGCAGAAACAAUACUAUGAGAAGGCGAAGUUGUAGAUUUACCUCUUUGGCUACUAAUUUGACCACUAUUGAGGGAUAUUUUUAAUAUAUUCUGGAUGCCCUGGAUCGCACCUAUAUAGCUUACCGCCGUUCCAGGACUAUCCCUUUUCCCCUUGGCCAUUUUAUAUUCUCGUCUGUAUGGAAUUAUUUCAGAGGAUCUAAAACCGCUUGUUCUUACACAGGUGUAGGGAUGCAAUAAUAUUGCUUCCGGGAAGCGUCAUAGAGGGAUUUCAUUCUGAAA